CAAUAUUGUUGCCAUAAGUAAUAAUGUUGUCUACUACUUGAAUAUUAUCCUACUCGUUUUACCACAUGUUGAAAGGCAUAUUUAUUACUCUUUUACAAGCUAAAAGCUCGAGUGGAGCGAUCUAUGGGCAGCAUGCAGUUUACCAACACGACAAUGGCCGAAUUGUCCGAAUAAGAUAUUUUUUAUUGGCCUAUACCUCAAACCUGCCAUGUCUUUGGUUUUAAAAAUGGCGUAUACAAGCUUUUUGUUUGCCGGUUUAUGCUGUUGAAUGGAUAGUUUUCAAGACCUCCUGUGUACUCAGGCGACACGUAAACGUCGUGAAUAUGAGAAUAAACUACAUGUGUAUGUACAUUAAUCUACACCAUGGAUCCGUGAACAUAUUUUCGUAGCGUUAUGGUGAAUUAGAAUGGUGCCUGUGGUUUGUCAAGCUCUCACGUCGUCAGGUUACUCGUAUGUAACGUAAAUAUCAUCUUGCGGACGUUUUAUAUUUCAGAUAUGACAGCGACGCAAAACAGUAGAUAAUGGAGAGUUCAGAAGAAGAUGCGGGCACCGCAACAAACGCUUCCCGCCGCGAAUCGGCGCGGGAAAAGGAUCUCGGACAGCUUGAGGACGUCAAUGCAACUAGUAGUUUUCAACAAGAUACGUUUGAAACUAGAACUUCGUGUCAAACCCCCGCGAUGUCCGAGGAUAAUUUCGAUGGCGACAGCGUUCCUUCACCUUCGACGCAAGAUGUCAACACAAGUACCGAAGCGAUUUUGGAUAUGAUCGAUGAGAUCGUUGAUGGGCCCGGAGCACCAAAGCGAUUACCAUUGUUAUUGGAUACAGACGCUAAAUGUUUACCUGUGCAUCAAGAAGAUCGAAAUACUAAUACCUUAGUUGUUCAAACCGAAGAAAGCUCAACAGUAUUGGUGACGACGCCAGUAGCUACUGCUGCUAUUGAAGAAACCCAGAGCAGUAGUGUUGAUAGUGCUGUUAUUAGUACAGAGUGUACUGAAAACACUGGAAGUGACAAUUUAACAUUAACAUGUGAAUUACCUAAACCUAAUUCACCUAUUUGCACAGUUGAUACAAUAUCUUCUGUUGACAAUGAAGAGGCAUCUAGUUCAGAAAAGUUGCCCAGUAGCCCCUUGCCAAAUAUUCCUACAAGCAGUGUAAAUAAGACUGAACAAUCUGUAUCAGAUAGUGAAAAUGGACCUUGUGAAAGGACAGUUAAGUGUGUGACAUCCAGUGAUAGUAGGGAUAAAGUUGUGGUUGAAAGUGCGGAAUCGACAUCAAGUGACAUAAGUGCAAGUGAGGAAAAGACUCUUAGUAUAGAACCUGUGACCCGGUCGCCUUUAAGAAGGCGUUUAGUACGACCUGCUCUUAGCCGGCCAGACUCGACUGUGUCGUCCACAGUUGAUUCAAGUAUUAGAACCGAAGAACCUGAACAAUCCAGUGAGUGCAUAACGAAGGAUGUGUCAAGUUCAUCAGAUGCUGUGUCUACUGUACGUGAUAGUGUUAAGUCAGAAGAGAUUAGAAAUGUAAGUGAAAUAAGUAUCUGCAAAGCAGAAACUUCAACGAGUCCUCCUAAAAAAAUUAGACUUAUUAGGCAGAAAAUUAAUCCACAAGUUAAUCAUACAGAUAAUUUAGAAUUUGAUAAGCAAUCAUCUAUUACGGACAGUGGGCAGUGUCAAUCAACAUCAACAGAGAGUGCAACAAACCAAAAAGACAUAACCCCCCUUGAUGUUACAAUAGAAUCAACUCCCACUGUUAAUUUACAAUCAAAUGAAGAUGUUAUUAGCACAGAUUUAUUACAAAAUAUUGAACAAAAAGAGGUUAUCAGUGGAAAUCAAGAAGAUUGUUCUUUGACUGCAAGUUCAUUAGAGGUAUCUGAAAUAUCUAACCAACAAGAAAUAAAAAAAGACAUCGACCAAUCUUCAUUAUCAGCUCCGGUGCCGCCGGAAAGAAAUGAAUCGGAGCCAGUAAUAGAAAGUAGUCCAAAACAAGUUGCAGAUGAAGAAUUAAAAAAUGAAAGCAGCAGUAAUAAUGUCCAUCCACAAAAUGAAGAGCAGCAAAAUACUGAAACAGAGAAAACAGUACCAAAGUUAACUAUAAAAGUUACAAAUAAAUCAUGUGAUGAUCCAAAAUCUCCGAUACCGAAAUUGACAAUAAAGCCACUCAAAGCUACUACGGAACUGGACACUGAGAAUUUAUCAGAUGAAAAAGUUCCAAUUCCAAGUAUAACAAAAUUAAAUAUUAAACCAAUACCGAAACCACCUGAAAAAAUUAAUGAACUACAUCGAAAGUCAAGUAGUAGUGAAAUAUCUGAAUCAGAAUACUCUGAAAAUGACGAUAGUGCAAGUACAUCAGAUCAAGCUUCUGCUUCAGAUCAUGGACCACAAGAUGUUGUUCCACGAGUAACAAUUAAACUCGGAAAGCCAGGUACAGAAACUGAAGGAAAGUUCUACACUGAACCGAACAUUCCAAAACUUACUAUUAAAGGUAUUCAAAAUAGUAAUGAGGAGGGAAGAGAAUCACCUUCAAAAUUAAAAGUUAUCAUAUGUCAAUCAGAAGAAAAUCAAGUGGAAAAAGUACCUAAAUUAACAAUAAAAUCAGUCUCAAUAACAGAUGGUCAACCAUUAAGUCCCAAACUCACAAUUAAAUCACUUAAGCCACCAGAUAGUCUAAAUAGAGAAAAUACAUUAGAAACAUCUGACCCACCUCCAAUACCUAAACUUAAAAUUUCUACAGAUUCUUCUAAUACAGAUCUGAAAGACUUAUCUCAUGUGCCUAAAAUUACUAUAAAACCAUUAACAAAACCUGACAAUGAAAUGCUAUAUAAAACUCCCAAAAAGGCCUUAUCUGAAAAUUUAGAAAAUAUACCUGUAAUAACAAAAUUAAAUAUUAAACCAAUUAUAAAACCUGAAAAUAGUAUAGAUGUAUCUAAUAAAAAUGAAGACAAAGUUCCUGUAGUGUCAAAAAUAAAUAUAAAGCCUAUAGUGAACCCUAAUGAAAUUGAUUUAAGUGAAGAGGAUAUACCCAAAGUAACAAAAUUAAAUAUAAAGCCCAUUAAAAGUCCAGAAGGGAAUUCAUCAAAAGAAACGGGCUGUGAUGAUGUCAAGUCUGAUGAGAAUAUACCCAUUGUGACAAAACUCAAUAUAAAACCUAUUGUAAAACCAUCAGAAGUUGACAUGGCUAAGGAAUCUGAAAAUCAUUCUUCUGAAACAGGAACGUCAAGCGAUGAAAAUAAUGACCAUAUACCAAUAGUAACGAAAAUUAAUAUUAAACCUAUAUGUAAGCCAAAUGACAAAGACGAUGUUUGUGUCCAGAAAGAAGAUAACAUACCUGUAAUUACAAAACUAAAUAUUAAACCCUUAGUUAAACCUGAUUAUCCCCUGCCAUUAUCACCUAAAAAAGAACGUACCAGCAGCCCCGAGCUCAGAAAUCAAAGCAUACCGGUUGUAACAAAAUUAAAUAUUAAGCCUAUAUUGAAACCUGAAGAUAUUAAACAAAAAGUUGAUACAUGUGAUGACACAUCUGUUAAGAAUCCUCCACUGUUGAUGAGAAUAAACCGAAAAACAAGGACUGAUUCUGGUAGUAGUGACACACAAUACCAUAUUAAUAAAAAUGACAAUGAACAUAGUAUAAAUAAUAUUAAUGAACAUAUACCUGCGAUUAGUAAGCUAAAUAUUAAACCAGUAUUAAAUCCUGAAACAGAAUCCUUAACUAAUGUACCUGAGAAAAAAAUUAAUACAAUUCAAAAUGACAGUAAUCAUAGUGAAUAUGAAACGCACAAUCCACCUGCAGCUAUUGUAAACAGUGAUAAAGAAUUGAAAUCAAUUAGCAAUUCUGAAAAUAAAGACAAUAUUGACAGGGUAUUAACACAUUGUAUUGAAGAAAGUAAACAUGAGGAAUGCAUAUCCAAUGAAGUUAAGCCCUCUUCGCCUUUUUCUGGUGAUAUUAUAAAACAGAACACAAAUGUAUCAAAAAAUGUCUCAGAUGAUAAAUGCAUCAAAGACUUAUCAAGUGAAUCACGGCAAACAGUGGUGGGAGGACCAAAAUCACCUAGUAAUCAGAGAGGAAAAUCUAUGUCCAAUAAAAGCAAUUGCACUCUUCUUAAAAAACUUUUAGAAAGUCAUAAAAAUGAUGAUGGUACACAAAAUGUUGAUAGUAAAAUUAAUAUAACAAAUUGCAUAUCUACCAUGUCAAAUGAAGGCUCAAAAUCUUCAAUUAAUGAUACUUGCUCUUCAAAUGAAACAAAUAAAAGUACGGAAUUCAAAUAUAAUAAAAGAGAAUUAAGUCCAAGUACUGAAAAUAUAAAAGAAAUUAUUUCUGGCCCUAACUUAUUAAAAGUUCGUUCUAUGCAAGAUUUAUGUAAAGAAAUGAAUGAAAGUGUGACAAAGCCAUUGGAAAUUAACAUAUCAGAUAAAAUUAAUCAAAGCUCUGAUCAAGACUCUCCAAGGAUUAUAUUGAAAAUAAAUAAGACUGAUCAUGGUGCUUCUGCAAAAAUUAUCACUGAGGAAAUGCUUAAGAGUGAUAAUAAAAAUGCUGGUAUAUCCGACAGUAUGGUUAACAAGAGGAGAUCUAUGUUGAAUAGUAGAAAAAAACCCGAAACAGAGUCACCAAAUGUAGUUGUAGGUAAAAGAUUAAGGAGUUCAAGGGUUGUACAAAGUCCAGAAAAAUCCCCUUUUAAUAAACGCAGCAUUGGAAAAAGGUCUUCAAAUACAGAGACUCUCCCAAGUCCAGCCUCACCAAAAGAAUCUGAAUUAUCAAUGCUUGACACAAAGAGACUAAAAUUAGGUCAAUUAUUGUCAAAUAAAUCAUUAUCAAUUACACCUGUAGUGGCCAAAUCAGGACAGGUUUCACCUCCUACAAAUUCUUUAGAAAUGAAGCAGUCCAAGAUAGUAAAUCAUUCACUCCUUAAUAAUGAAAAUUGUUCCAAGAAUGGUAGCUCAAAGUUACACAAUAUUUUAUCUAAUUUACAAUCCAAACAACUAAAAGUGAUGCCCCUGAAUGACCUACAUCAUUCAGAAAGAAAGCAAAGUGUUAGUCCAGAACUUAAAUCUGGUACUUCAUUAGAUGGUAAUCCGAAUGUUAGAGUUGAAAUAUCACCCGUAGAACAAAACUGCUCUGAGAUGAGGGAAACUAUAUUUCAUGAGAAUGUUGAAUCUCGAGAUUUUAAUAUAACUCCAGAUCCAUUAUCCCAAGAUCCACUUGAAGUAGGAAACCUUAAACCAGCCACAGAUUUUACAAAUACAGAUCAAAAUGUUCCAAAAAUUGUUGAAAUGACACCUCAGCCGAAGAAACGGGGGCGUCCCAGAAAGUUACCGGUUUCUGAAGGGGCUAAACCUAUCACACUACCUACACCCGCACUUGAGGAAAGACCACAAAGAUCUUUGAGACUAUCAAGAGAUAGACCAGUAAUAUUAGUAAAACCCCGUGGAAGGGGGCGUGGACGUGGACGUCGCGUAGAUCCCGACUCCAAUCUCGCUCCUGAAGCAGAGCCGAUCGUCGAAACCGCAAAUAAAUUUUUUGUUUCCGAACAAAAACCUGAAGAAAUAGAUCCGACAAGCUCUAGAAUAAAGUUACCGCGUAUGACGGAGGCUUUGGAUAAAAUGCCUUCCACGUGUUUAACACCACUGUCGAGUAGAAGACGAAAUUCUUCUACUAGUGAUAUACAGUUUUUCAGUGGUGAAACUCCAGAAUUGAAAGUUGUAUUGGAAACUACACUUCCAAGAAUGGAGAAUCCUUUUGCCAAAUCUCCUGAGGUCAUAAGUGAAUUUCGCGGUCGCGGCCGAGGGGGGAGGGGCAGUAGAGGGGGUAGAGGCAGGGCGUCGCCUCGAACGCCGCGGGGAAGGGGCCGGGGGCGGGGAGGAGGCAGGGGCGCUAUGUAUAUGAAGGAAACAAUGGGAAUUUAUGGAAGAGUAUGCGGCCCUGCGACAACAACAGUGCAAUUGUUUGAAGAAGAGACUUGCAUGAUGGAUGAUAAUGCUACCCCUGCUAAACCCUCACAUUUACUUGAUGAAGAUUCACAGAGUUCUGUAAAAAGUUCAACAAAUGAAAGUAGUAAAAUGAAAAAAUCUAAAUUUGCAGACCUUUUUGACAGUAAUAAAGUAUGGUCAGCAGAAGAUGUUAAAGAGUACACUUGGCCUCCACCUGAACAAACAGAUGCUGAUCAUCAGGUUAUGAUGAUACAAGAGCAAGUCGCGAUGUUUUUGGGCGUGAAGAGUUUCAAGCGACGGUAUCCAGAAUUAAAGAGGCGAACAAUCACUGGCCAGGAGAGAGACUACGUGCUUCGUCAGGGUCUAGUCAGUGAGGCUCUAUGUGAUUUAGGUAUAACAGCUGUAGAUGCAAGUGAAGUCCUAGACAUUAUGCUAUCGGACUACCCUCAUAAAUACGAAGAGUACAGAUCGUAUCAACGGGAAAAACAGCUCGCGGAGCCCACUCCGGAGCCUGUAGAAGUGAAAGCAGAAGUCAAGGAUAGAAUUGAGAUGAAGGCUGAUACUAAAUCAUUAGACAGCAAACCGGAUCUACCGAAAAUCGAUCCGGAAAAAACAAGACAGGACAUGGCGGCGGCGGCGAUAGCGUCGGCGAGCGAGUGGAACGCGCGCAUGAACGCGCUGCGACGGCCCGCGUGCGUGGACCUGCAGUCGCUGACGGUGCAGCGGCGGCGCGCGGCCCCGCCCGCCAACCCGCCCGUGCGCGUCGAGCCGCCGCACGGCUUCUACCCGCACGCGCUGCUGCCGGGCCAGUACCAGCACACCUACCGGCUCUACACCUCGGAGCAGCUGCAAUACUUCCCACUGAACACGGCGGUGCGCGCACCGGCAGCGGCGCCGUCGCCCGCGCCCUCCUCCUCUGAGUCGGAGCCCGACUGGGCCUCCUCCUCCGACGACAGCGAGGACACGCAUCGACAUCAAAAGCGCAAGAAGCUGAGCAAGGUGAAGCGCAGCAGCGACGCGGAGGCGGGCGGCGGCGCGGAGGAGGGCGAGGCGGACACGUGCCGCGCGUGCAAGCUGCGCAUCGAGGCCAACCGCCGCACCACGCACGAGCGCUUCCUCGUCUGCGCCAACUGCAACGCGAAGCUGCACCCGUCGUGCGUGGAGCUGAGCGCGGACACGAUCCGCAAGUGCCGCGAGUACGCGUGGCAGUGCGCCGAGUGCAAGACGUGCUGCGCGUGCGCGCGCCCCGCCGACGACGACAAGAUGCUCUUCUGCGACCUGUGCGACCGCGGCUUCCACAUCUACUGCGUCGGCCUCGACCGCGUGCCCGACGGGCGCUGGCACUGCGUGGAGUGCGCGGUGUGCAAGUCGUGCGGCGCGCGCUCGCCGAGCGGCCCCGGCGGGCCCGCGGGCCCCGGCCAGGGCUCCGUGACCGCGCGGGGCCCCGGCAGCCCGCACUGGCACCACCAGACGCGCCGCGGGCCCGGCGGCCACAAGCUCUACUCGCACUCGCUGUGCGAGCCGUGCGCCAGGGCGUACCGCAUCGGUCGCUACUGCCCGCUGUGCGAGCGCUCCUUCAUCGGGCCCAAGGGGACCAUGCAGCUCGUCAUUUGUAAGCUCUGCGAUAGGCAACUGCAUCAAGAUUGCGUUAGGCAGACGGGGGCGAGCCUCCACGUGCUGGACUACACGUGCGGCGAGUGCCGGCGCGGCGGCAUCACGUCGCGCGCCGCCGCCGUGCGCCUGGCGCCGCGCACCAUCGCCACGCUGUUCAUGGCCAAGCGCCGCUUCAACAAGUACGCGCACCGCCAGUACAUGCAGAAGUGCAUGCAGGGCGCGCGCGCCGCCGGCCCGCCGGGGCCCCGCGCGCCGCCCGGGCCCCGCGCGCUCGCGCCGGGGGCCCCCGACGAGGACGACGCGUCGGACAACGCCGACGACGCCAGCGACCCGCUCGACGGCGCCGACCCACUCUCCCUGUAAUAUAUCUAGAUGUCGUAGGUCUAUAUCUUAUUCGCUUCGGUACGGUUGUAAGGUAAACUGUUGCAUAAAUCUGAUUAAUAUAACUUUUUAACCGUAGGCUAUGUAAGUGUAUCGAAUAGUGAUGAGGUACGGAUCGCGCGAGGGACGCCAGGUCCCCCGCGGUACAGACGGUUCAUCGUAACUUGAUAAUGUGGUUAAAUAGAUGUAGUGAAAAGGUCACUAACGUAUAUGUACAGUAAUUUAAUACUAACUUCACUAUAUGGGUAGCUGGGCAAUCAUACUAUUUUUAAUAUUAAUAGUUUUUUAAUGUUUGCUGCGAGACAGAUCAUGUAUGCGUCCUCGUGCGUCAUUUAUCUUAAUGGAUCGUAGGGUACGAGAGAUUGAAUAGUGUGCUGUUAUUUUGUUAUGAUAUCGAUGUCGAACCGAAUAUAUGUGUAACAGUUACUUGAGACGUGUUUAUAGAAUAUUCUCCGCAAACGAAAACUAAAUGUAUAUUGUAAAAUCUGCCUUUUUAUGCAUUUCUUAUGCGACGUUUUGAAAAUUGGUUACAAUAGAAACGAUUCACAAGACAGUGCGUAUUUUGUUUACGAGAUAGGUUAUUCAUAGAGUAUUUUUUUUAGUUCUUCAUUGUAAGGUAUUUAUUUUAGUUAUACUUUAUGUGGAUACAUCUGUAUACAAUCUUAUAGCCGAUUUUAUAUUACAUGUAAUUUAUUGGAGAAUCGAAAAUAAGUUUGGCCUCUAUAUUUAGAUACUGUGAUGUCUUUACUGAAUUUAAUUUUAAUCGAUUUAUCGAAAUUGAUCCCACUCAUAGUACUCAAUUUUAUUAUUGUUAAGGACACUGUUGGUUAUACAAUAUAUAGAAUAUAAUAUUGUGUUUUUAUUUUUCGUUUAGUUUAGUUCUUUCUUUUUGUAAAUCAAGGCUUUUUUCAGUGACAAUUUUUUUUAUUUACUUGCGUAAGAUGAAGUGCUGACUGGUUAAGAAAGGCCCCAUUUUUGAUAAUUUUUACACUAAUUAUAAUAUAUUAUUAUUUUGAUUAUAUUGUAUACAGCAUUAUAGCGAACCUCUACGUUUGAGUAUAUCCUAUAUUAAUCGAAUACCAUUUAGUUUAUUAGUGAGCACUUUGUCUUAAUUUCAAAGUACAAAACAUAGGCUACCUUAUUUAACCUCGCCCUGACGGAUUCACCGUAUUAAAUAUAUAGAUAUAAAGUUGAAAACGUUAUUUAUCAGAUUAUAUUAUUUUGAAAGUAUUUAUAUUCGUAUAGUGGGCGGAUGUUCAGGGCGGAGCUCAUCAUUCAAGACUACUCAAUUGUUUUAUCGCACUGGUCGCAGUAUACGUAAGGUUUUUCAAUGUUUUCUGUACUUAUAACCUUGUUAAGCUAUCUUUUAACCACUGCUGCGUGCAAUUCUCCCCAAUGUAUAAUACAUUGUAUUAGAUUUAUAGAUCAGGUAAACACUAAUACUGUCUAAGUGUAAUUGUAUCAUGUUUAGUUAUAGUUGCUUUCGUUAUUAUUAAUCAUAAUUUAGUGACAAAUAAGAAUUAUGUCCACAAAUUAUUUCAUUAAAUCAUGUAUCUUUUAUAUGAUACGAACGGGCCGGGUUGAAAGCCCGCCAGGAUUUGUAUUGAUUUAUCGACACAGGUGAAUUAAGACUUACUUGUAAGAGAAAUAAUUAAAACUUUAUGUCUACUUAAUGCAAGUGUAAACGUUCUAGAAAUCUCGCACUGUUCGGUCAAUUUUGUAAAAAAAUAAAGUAAAUUUAAUUUGAAA